AGAAAGUGGCUGUGCAAAGCCACACGUUCAGGAUGGCCACAGCAAUCAUAAACACACCUAUGUGUGGGGGAGCAGAGACGGUGAAAGUGGGAGUUAUACUCACGACAARCCCAGAAUAUAAAGACUGUGCCGCUUUAGCAGUCGAAGGAUGUGAAAUUAACCACAAAUCUGCUACGAAUGAGGAACCAAAGUCCUUCACAUUUGAUCAAGUUGUAACAGCCAACUGUGUAGAGAGUCUUCACUCUGAGCUCCUGCAACCUCUGACCGAGUCCGUAUCRAAAUGCUAUAAUGUAGCACUGCUGAUGUGUGGAACCCCCACGGAGAUGGUCGGAGCCGUGACGGACAAAAGCAUCCUCAGACAGAUCCUGACAUGUCUGUUUAGCUGCACAACAUCAGAGGAAAAAGCAGAGUCCUUCACCUCUGUAUCAUUUCUUCAGUUUUACCCAGACGGGAGCGCGGUGGAUCUCCUCAGCCUCAAUAAAGAAACUUUACAGCUCGUAACUCAUCCUGUACUCGGAAGUGUCAUAGAUGGUUUAUCUGAGGUGUGUGUAUGUUCAGCGGAGGAAGCCUGUGAUGUUUUUAAAGCCUGCAGGGAGUCAAUGAAAACCAACAGAGGAAGCAUUUCCAGCCGAUGCAGCUCCAUGUUCUCGGUGACAGCUGAGUGGAAACUCCAUCCGGAGCAGGCGGAGUCGGAUGUCUGCCGCAGCAAACUGCAGCUGUUCAGCCUCGCAGGAGGAGCCAGCAGGACUGACCUCAGAGGAGUCAUCCCGCUGUUGAAGGUCCUAGACCAGACACUAAACUCUCCUACUGUAGUCAGUGACAACCUCCUUCACAAAUUGCUUAAAGAUGCACUUACAGGAAGCAACAGGACAUUUCUCAUCUACUGCAUCAACCCUCAAGGCUUCCUUGAUGAUGAAACUCAAUCUGCUUUACAUUUGGCUCAGAAAGUGAGAGGAUUACUUACUAAACCCACUUCUGUUUGCUGGAAUCCGAGGACAAUUGAGCGAGAGCUUCGUGAAAGGAUCGUGGAGCUACAAAAUGUGGUACUGCUAGGGGAGAGUGAGGUGCAGAGCAUUUACAAGUUAGCUCAGCUGACUCAGAAUCUGAAGAUAGUGAAAAGUCAGUCGUGGGAGAAGAGGAGAGAGGAGUCAGAGAGAAUAAAAACCAAAAUUAAGAAAUCAUCAACCAGCAGCCACCAACUUUCUGUAGAUUGCCUCAUCAAAGAGAAAGCAAGUACAGAAACGGCUAAAUAUCUGCAGGAAAAGUUGAGACAAGAAAUGGAGGAGCACAUCAGAGAAGGUAAAGGCAGCGCAGAGAAGGUCCAGGAGCGGGUCACCAGAAUCCAACAGCUGAAGGAAGCUCUGAGAGAAGAGACACAGAAGAAUGGGAAUGUUUCAGCAAAGUCCCAAUUCUGUCAAUCUCAGUUGGAAUACAACGAAGCGCAGGAGCGGAGGAGGCAACUUAAGGAGGAUCACACAAGAUUAAUUCAGGAGGAGGUGGCGAAGAUGGAGAGAGACUUGGCGCAGGAGCAGCCGCCGACAGAAAGCCCUCAGAGGGAGCUGCUGGUGCUGAGCAGAGAGAGGCAGGUCCUGGUGAUGCAAAUGGAGGCGCUUCGUGCUGAGGCCCAGCAGGCAGAAAGCGACCUUCAGGAUCAGCAUCACAGACACCAAACGGAGUUGCAUUGUUUGAGGGAAGAGAGCCUACAGGUGUUCAGGGCGUUUCGUCAAGUUAGCGAGGAGCAGAGGAAGAUCUCAGAGGGAAGAUACAGGAGCGUGUUGCUGGAAGCUGUGCAGGAUGCCAUCUACCUGUCGGCGCAGAACCAGCAGCUGCAAGCAGAAAACAAGGAUCUUCGAAAAGGUCAGCGUUUCCCAGCAAGCUGGUCACAUAACUGGAAAGACUCUUCACAAUGUUCUCAUGUUUCUCCAACUCUGCAGCACUGGGGGAGAUUAAAGACGCUCUUGCUGUGCGAGGAGAUCCUGUGACUGACUUGAUAAACCAGCAUCAUUGAGUCUCAGACUUUGCUUAAAUCAUGAAAACGCAUGUUAGUAAACGGCUCAGAAACUUUAUUGGUCAUGACAUGUAACAUUUUAUCCCUGAUGUCGUGCUUUUAAGAUGAUUUGUUGUAAGAUUAUGGAUCCUUGCAGGAUCUCUCUGCAACAAUGUAACUGUGUAACAAAAAAA